UCGCGGUCUAUUACAGCUGACAACCAGCUGAUCGGAGGUAUUCGCAAACACACUGUCAGCGAGCAAGGAUCGCACGAUACACGCUCUCUCUUCCAAUGUGUUGAAAACUUUACAAAUCUCUCGGAUUCCUACGAUAUUAUUUUACCGCCUUACUUUGGAUUCUUAUUUCUCCAGAUUGAUCAGUCAGCAUGAGGACUGUUUCGGAAUUGCUUCGGAAUGACCCGAAAUCUGGGCUUCCUCUUGCCACAGCCAAUGCUUUGCAGUCAGCCCUGCUCGCCAGCAACGGCACCUUGAUCGCCGGCACUGCCUUGUCUGGCGGCAUGGGUGUUUGGUCCGAGGCGGUCAAUGGUCAGCGAGGACUGGACAACGGCAGUAGCCUUCGAGGUCGCAAGGAAGCUCGCAUCAGGAGACCUAUGAACGCCUUCAUGGUGUGGGCUAAGGAUGAGCGGAAGAGACUGGCCGAUCAGAAUCCUGAUCUACACAAUGCAGAUCUUAGCAAGUUGCUUGGUAAGGCAUGGCGCAGCCUAACUCUGAUGCAGAAGCAGCCGUUCGUUGAGGAAGCAGAGCGACUCCGCUUGAAGCACAUGGCGGAUCACCCAGAUUACAAAUACCGCCCUCGCCGCCGUAAGGGAAAGAAGCGUCAGGGUCGCACACGUGACGGGAGUAACGGAGAUGCUUCAAGUUCAUCUGUCCCCUCUACUCCUUCUCCAACAACACCUCAGACUACAGGACUUCCUUCAAGCGCAAUGCCAACGCCAGAAGGAUCCCCUAGGACCUCACCAACCCCAAUGGACAACAUCAAUGGCAACAUCCCAGGUGGACCGAUUGACAAUUGCAAGUACAAGUUACCCCCUUUCAACAGCAUCUACGACCCCCUCUCAAGCAACACCCUGACGCAGUACAAUAAAUCUGACUCUGGUCACAUGGUGGGCCUUCCAACCCCGGAGAUGUCACCUAUUGACCAUUCGGAUAAUGUCUUUACCUUCCCGCCCUCUUCAUCUUCAGAUACCCUCAUGCAGCCCGAGCUAUCUGGGGUGCAGUCAACGUCAAAUGCAUUUGCACCAAUCCACAGUCCUGGCAUGGCCAUCAAGUCGGAACCAAAUGGGUACGAGUACCAGCAGUGUACUGUAGACACCAAUGAACUUGCAAACCAAGUAAAUGGAACAGCAACCAUGACUGCUAGCUCCAAUCUCAGGGCACUCGUUGCGAUGUCACAGAACCCAUGCCCUCAGCAACAAAACAUAAUUGCUGGUCAGCAGCAACACCACCAACAGCACGAGCAACACCAGCAUAUGCAACAGCAGAUGCAUACACUUCUUUUCCAGCAGCAGCAACAACUCCCGACAGUCGAAUUGCAACCGCACCAACAGAGCUUCAACAACGUUCAGAACAGCGCACAGUACCAAGGGACCCUACAGAUGAACAUCUACCCAUCUCAGGGAAUGUGUGACGUCAUGCAGGCCGACGAUCUCGGCAUGACCUUCGAUCAACUGUGCAAUGAGGACUUUCUUGAGGACUUUGCAAGGGAAGACUUCGACAUGUACCUGCCACAAGAGAACAAUCAGACCUGCGACAGUAAUGGCAGUUUUCUAGCUGCUCUCACAGAUGCAUCGAACAUGUCAAAUACACAGCCAUGUCUGUACUGAAGAACACUGACAUAUCACGGCCAAUACCGGUGGUCGCAAUAGUAGUGAUUGACAGUACGUACAGUUGGUUUCGAGAGUGUUUGUGAAACCUGUCUCCAUUGGGAUUUUCCUUCGUCCACUUUUGCGGGUUCUGAAGGAACUGUAAUUAAGAGAUUUGUAUGGGUGAUGAAAUGUAUACAUUAUCAUGGUUAUGAGAAGGAUUUGUGUACUUUUAUUAAAUAGAAGGUAUCUUCUCAAAGAUAAGAUAUACAUUUGCGAUUUUUUUUGCAAAUUGCUUUAAUAUUACCCAUUCAGGAAGUUCAAGGAGAAUAGGGGAGGAAAUUCGCAAACGAAAUGAACGUUUUUGAAGAGAAAGGUUUUACUAUGUGUGUGUGUGUUCAAAGCAAUUUAUUGAUCAAAGAAUUCGGUAGAGGUAAAGGUAUGAUUUUAUGAAAUGGAUUUUCAGAAGAGGCAGGCCAAUUUAGCUUGAGGCUCUGUAUUAAAGGUACGCGAGACCCAUGGGGUUAGACAUGCCAUCAAAAGUGUGUGAUUUAUUAUUUUCUUUUCCAUAUUUAAAGAAAGGGCAUUACUCCAUGGCUCAGUAAGGCUGAUUUCAAAACCUGGUAGCUGCACACUACUAAUAAUGUGAAUUCAAACACUGUUCAAUACACAUGCGUAAAGCCAAUGAUCAUUUUAUUUUCAUGUUAUAACGUACAUUUUCAAAUAUUCUAUUUAAUUUUAUUGUGUCUAUGAAAGCUUUUGUCGUACUUCCAAAGAUAACACGGGAUGGGAGUGAUUUAGCUUAUAUUAGCUUUGUAUUUAAAUAUAUUUUAGAUGUUUCAUGGUGUUUUGUAUCAAUAUGUUAAUACUGCUAAAUGUGGAUUUCAGCGUCCCUAACAACCGGAUCCCCACACCGCAAUGAAGACUCUUUAUUAGAUGUUACUAAGUAGGCGUUAUGCAAUAGAAAUUAUAUUCAUACUACAAAGUGAAAAGUUCAGUAGGUAUUAUAAUGUUGUUGGAAGUCAUACUGCGAACGAAAUUCUUACGGGAAUUCACUCAUUUAUAUGUUGAGCUCAGCAACAUGGCCAAAAUAAAACCGACAGAACAUUCCUUUCUGGGAGAAAUUGUGUUUCAAGUUUUAUGUUUUUUUUUAAAUCUGCGUUCUUGCUCUAUACUACUCACUAUGUUUGUGUGUCAAAAUGCUAUUGAUUUGGCGGUCAUUAUUUACAAGCAAUGGUUAUUUUACGCGAUUACUCAUCCACUUAUUGAAUUGUUUAAAACUGCUUUGUGAACACUUUGCAAAAGCAUCAAGUUGCAUUCGGCAUUUCCCAGUCGUAUUGCGCACUUUGGGAUCAUAGGAAGUCCAUGUUGGAUUUCCUUUGAUCGGCACAUCUCCAUGAAAAUUUUCUGAAUUUUAAGUUCUUGUACAGGACCUACCUAGACAACAUCCUUGUUUGUGUUACUUAUUUCAUGAUUUUUUUCUGAAACAGGGCUGCUCCUACUCAAUAAUCAACUUUUCCAUUUAUAUGGGUCAUUCACAAUCAGAGGUUCAAUUGCAAUCAUGCCAAUGUAAUUCGCGUGAAAAAAAGUUGUGAAUGAGCAAUCAUGGGUUAUUUGUACUGAUCUUGGCACAUAUUCAUACAACCUCAAUGUGUGUACUUAUUACCUGAUUCAGUUUCAGAGUACACAAUUAUCAUGGUUUUGUGCAUAUUUUGUGCAUAUUGGCCCAGAUUGUGAUAUUUAUGGCAUUGAUAAUAAUACGCCUAAAGUGGAUCCAACGAUUUAAUUUUAAAUACCACAUACGGGAGACGUCUUAUUUAACUUUUACGCUAAAAUAGGCAUACCCUUCGUUUCCCCUAUUAAAUUCUUGAAAAGUCAAUGUAAACGAAUGAUAUUUCACGUUUAAAAGUACACGCUGUUUGAUUGUUCGGCUUGGUUAAUCACAAAUGUACGACUGAUACAGUGGUUCGUUUAUUUCACAAUUAUACAAUUUGGUUAAUGGUUUUCUAUGCACAUGAAAUGAUCAUUGUACAGUUAUGUUUAUGAUAGUAUACAAAAUGUAUUUCUGAUGCUUAGCAAAAGUAAUUUCAUCGCUUCCAGAUUAAAACAAAAUGGCGACGGCAAUGAUGCCUGUGGAACAGUUUUGAGUGUGUGAUUUAAUCGUACUUUCAACGCAUGAAAGUAUUUCAAUAUUUCAGGGAAUGGUGACCAAGUCAUGGAGAAAUGUGCUUUGGAUAUUUUGUUUGUUUAGAAUGUUUCGGUAACACCACUCUCUGUAUAGGAGAGCGAGAUGGGAAAAGGCUAUUCGACUUGGAUGAUUUUUAUGAAAAGAACUUGAGAACGAAAUUCUGAUCGAGAAAAAAAACACAAAAGGAAUCCUCUAGCAAGCUGCUGCUGCUAUAAAUAGAUUCAUGUGAUAUUUGUUAAGAACUGAUGGAGUAGAAGCGAGAAGAGAUCAUUUUUUUUGUAUUUUGUAUUGAUUAACUUAUUCCAUUUUUGAUUGUCAUGUUUAAUUAAGAUCUGUAAAAAAAUGCUAUACUUAACAUUUAUUUGUACUCAAGUGGAUCGCUAUGGGGUUCUUAUCCUCCAAACUAACAACCUGAUAAUAGCACGAUAAAUCGACUAAUAACUUAACACCUUACAGAAGUCAAUUAAGAAGGUGUCAUUCGACGAUCAUGCAGGAUAUGUAAGAACUCUGGUUUCGAAGCGUCUGUUAAUUCGGUCAAUAAUCCAUUCAAAAUAACUGACAUAUGCUUCGGAAUGAAUUGCCUCUAAUGUUAACCAAGUUCUAUUCUAUUUUCGUGAAAAAUACUCAAAACACAACCGUUACUUAUAUAUAUUUGGUGGAAUGGGAACAUGUCUAUUCUUUUUAGUAUCAUUAUUUAUAUUAUGUAAUAUCAGUUUAGAUCGUUUCUAUGACCGUUGCCUCUUCUUUCAAUUUUGUGUUUAUUUUCUUGGGGAAAAUAGCAUUUACCUGGGAAUGAGGCUAUGCAGGACAUGGAUCUCUACUAUUACAAAUAAAAAUAAACUCAACUGAGCAUUAAUUGUAACAUUUGAUUGAUUACAAGGAAAAUAUGUUAUUCGCUACAAUUGGGUCAAUAUCAAACGCUUGUUUUUAUAUAUGAAACCGAUGUACAUUUUGUGAUAGCGAAAUCGAUUAUGCAAGGAAAAUCAACUUUUCUUCGCCCAUGAACUUACUUCUCGUAUUUUUUUCACGACCAAUAUUGAUUAAAGAAAAUAGUCCUUUUCAGUGAUUAUUACAAACACC